AUGGAGACACUUGAGUGGCGCGGCGAGGCAGAUCCAGAGCAGUCGGGUGGCGGCUGCGUCGCGUGUUGCGAAUUAACGGCGUGGGCCGCCCCGGGCUGGCAGCCGCAGCCGGCGCCUCCCACGGCCCGCCGCGCCGUGACUCACGGCCCAGGCCGAUCACGGCGCGUGAGCAGAGGGCAGAGGGCAGGAGGGGAUUUCGCACCUCGCCCCGCCCUGGCUCUCUGCCGCGGUGGUGACGCCGGCCACAGCCGCUGCGCCUCACCACCUCACGUCAUCUGCCACACCACGUCUGCACUUGUCACGACGUUCUGCUUCAAGGACAGUUUGCCGCAGCCGCAGCAGACCCGGGCACCGCACCGCGCCGUGUCACAGGCAAACGGAAGGCGCGGCGCUCCUCCAUUACGGCGGCUUAACCGGGCGCCGCCAGCUAUUUACUCGUUAAAUGGCCCGCCUCCGCCGCCGCCGCCGCCUCCACCACCCGCCAGUUUUACUACACGCCUCUCAGCAGCGGGCAACACACGCACGGCGAGUGACGCAGCGGGGGCGCGUGUUGCAGCCGUGCAGCACGAGCGCGGCCCGCGAAAGCCCAAGCACCCGCCCCCGCACGGCCACGGGCACGGGCACGGCGCGGGCGGCGGCCCGCCGGCCGUGGGGGCGGUGGGGGCGGGCCCGGCGCCGCUGGUGAAGGAGCUGCCGCCGCUGCUGCUGCCGGCGGGCCCGGCGGCGGCGCUGGCGCUGUCCCCGACGUGGGAGGUGCUGCAGGAGACGACGGCGCGGCUGCUGUUCAUGGCGGUGCGGUGGGUCCGCUGCCUCGCACCCUUCCAGACGCUCUCCAAGAGGGACCAGCUGCUGCUGCUGCAGGAGUCGUGGAAGGAGCUGUUCCUGCUGCACCUGGCGCAGUGGUCAAUCCCGUGGGACCUGUCGGCGCUCUUCGGCUGCUCCAAGGCGCGCGACCGCCUGCCGCAAGACGACGCCGCCACCAACAUCGAGAUCAAGACCAUCCAGGAGAUCAUGGGCAGGUUCCGGCAGCUGUCGCCAGAUGGCAGCGAGUGCGGCUGUAUGAAGGCCGUCGUGCUCUUCACGCCAGAGACGGCGGGGCUGUGCGACGUGCAGCCGGUGGAGAUGCUGCAGGACCAGGCGCAGUGCAUCCUGGGCGACUACGUGCGCAGCCGCUACCCGCGGCAGCCCACGCGCUUCGGCCGGCUGCUGCUGCUGCUGCCCAGCCUGCGCGCCGUGCGACAGUCCACGGUCGAGCGGCUCUUCUUCAAGGACACCAUCGGCGACAUCCCCAUCCAGCGCCUGCUCGGCGACAUGUACCACAUUGACAAGUACACCUAG